AUGGCUCGCUUGCUCGCAUGUCUACUUCUGCUCGGCGUAGUUCACGCCCGCCAUGAACAAUAUGAAGGCCACCACCUAUAUCGAGUAUGGGGGGCUACGCCCAUAAUUGGUUACCUACAAGAUAAGUUGGACUUUUUGUCGGCAACUCCUGCUGCUAUAUCAUCUACAAAGCAACUGGAAGUAUUGAUUAGGCUAUCUCCAGCAGAAAAAGCACAAUGGCUGCCAUAUUUCUUAAACAACGGCUUAGAAUACAAGUUGGUCUCUGAUAAUCUGGCAAAUAUUCUUCGUGCUGAAGAAUCACAAUUGGUCCAAGCAAGCGAAGAAGCUGAUAGUAACAGUACAAUCACUUGGGAUGCAUAUUACAACUCCGAAAGGAUAUUUAAAUACAUUGACGAAAUCGGCGAAAAAUAUCCCCAUAUAGUUACAGUUAUCAAUGCUGGUCUCAGUUACGAAGGUCGUCAAAUCAAAUAUGUAAAGAUCUCCACAAGCAACUUUGAAAAUUUGCGCAAACCCGUCAUAGUAAUCGACGCUGCAGUGCAUGCCCGGGAAUGGGUUACAUCACCAGUGGCCCUGUACCUAAUAGAACAACUAGUUACUGGCGCCGAUAAGGAACUUCUAGAUGAAAUUGACUGGGUCAUUAUUCCUAUGGCCAACCCUGAUGGUUACGAAUAUUCCAUUAAUGAGGACCGUCUUUGGCGUAAAACUCGAUCAAAGUCUCAUGUGGGUGCCGACGAAUGUCCUGGAGUAGAUGGCAACCGUAAUUUCGACUUUGCUUGGGGUAGCAGGCCUGACGCUGCUAAUCCUUGCUCUAUUAUCUAUGAAGGAUCCUCAGCUUUCUCCGAACCGGAAAUCCGUGUAAUAAGAGACGCUGUUUUAGAAAACUUGCAACGCACAGCUCUCUACAUUUCUCUUCAUAGUUUUGGAAAUAUGUUCUUAUAUGCAUGGGGAAACAACGCUACUCUUCCGGCAAACGGUUUAGCCCUUCACCUCGUCGGUGUCAGAAUGGCAACAGUUAUUGACCGACUCAAGUUAGAAGAAGAUACACCAUAUACAGUAGGCAACGCCGCACAAAUAUUAUACUUCAGUUCUGGUACUUCUCGCGACUGGACUCGCAGCGUCGGAAUUCCUCUUACCUACACAAUGGAGCUGCCUGGUUACAGUUAUGGUUUUCUUGUGCCACCAACUUACAUCAAGCAGAUUAUCACCGAAUCAUGGGCGGGUCUUGCAGAAGGCGCUCGAUACGUUAAGAGUAAUUACCACUAUUAAUAAGCUAUUUUAUAUCAUCUAUGUAUAAAUAAAAAUAAAGAAUUUCCAUAAAGUUAA